AUGGUAGUGGCGGAAGAAGAAAGCGGAAGUGGUGGCUCUGAAGGCGGUGAUUCUGAGGGCGCUGGAGGCAACGGAGACGGUGGAUCUGCAGGUAGUGGUAGCGACAAUAACAAUACUUGCAACUGCAAUCCCGGAGAAGCUCCCUCAAUUUGCGCCGUUGUAGGAUCAGAGGGAAUACUUGUUGCUCAUGAAAAUUGUAACCAGUUUUAUACAUGCUCCAAUGGCUUGCCCGUAGUACAAAGUUGCCCUGUAAACCUGCUCUACAACCCUUACACAGAGCAAUGCGAUUGGCCUGAAAACGUACAGUGCGGUGACAGAGUGAUCCCAGAAGAUGGCGAUAAUGGUGACAGUGGCAGUGGCGGAGAAGAAAGCGGAGGUGGUGGCUCUGGAGGCAGUGAUUCCGAGGGCGCUGGAAGCAACGGGGAUAGCGGAUCUGGAGGCAGUGGUAGCGACAAUAACAAUACUUGCAACUGUAAUCCCGGAGAAGCUCCCUCAAUCUGCGCCGUUGAAGGAUCAGAGGGAGUCCUUGUUGCUCAUGAGAAUUGUAACCAGUUUUAUACAUGCUCCAAUGGCUUGCCCGUAGUACAAAGUUGCCCUGUAAACUUGCUCUACAACCCUUACACAGAGCAAUGCGAUUGGCCUGAUAACGUACAGUGCGGUGACAGAGUGAUUCCAGAAGAUUGCGAUGAUGGUGACAGUAACAGUAGCGGAGAAGAAAGCGGAGGUGGUGGCUCUGGAGGCGGUGAUUCCGAGGAUGGUGGAAGCAACGGUGAUGGUGGAUCUGGAGGCAGUGGUAGCGAUAAUAACAAUACUUGCAACUGUAAUCCCGGAGAAGCUCCCUCAAUCUGCGCCGUUGAAGGAUCAGAGGGAAUCCUUGUUGCUCAUGAAAAUUGUAACCAGUUCUACAAGUGCUCCAAUGGCUUGCCCGUAAUACAAAGUUGCCCUGUAAAUCUGCUCUACAACCCUUACACAGAGCAAUGCGAUUGGCCUGAAAACGUACAGUGCGGUGACAGAGUGAUCCCAGAAGAUGGCGAUAAUGGUGAUAGUGGCAGUGGCGGAGAAGAAAACGGAGGUGAUGGCUCUGGAGGCGGUGAUUCCGAGGAUGGUGGAAGUAACGGGGAUAGCGGAUCUGGAGGCAGUGGUAGCGACAAUAACAAUACUUGCAACUGUAAUCCUGGAGAAGCUCCCUCAAUCUGCGCCGUUGAAGGAUCAGGAGGAAUCCUUGUUGCUCAUGAGAAUUGUAACCAGUUUUAUACAUGCUCCAAUGGCUUGCCCGUAGUACAAAGUUGCCCUAUAAACCUGCUCUACAACCCUUACACAGAGCAAUGCGAUUGGCCUGAAAACGUACAGUGCGGUGACAGAGUGAUUCCAGAAGAUAGCAAUGAUGGUGACAGUAACAGUAGCGGAGAAGAAAGCGGAGGUGGUGGCUCUGGAGGCAGCGAUUCUGAGGGCGCUGGAGGCAACGGUGAUGGUGGAUCUGGAGGCAGUGGUAGCGACAAUAACAAUACUUGCAACUGCAAUCCCGGAGAAGCUCCCUCAAUCUGCGCUGUUGAAGGAUCAGAGGGAGUCCUUGUUGCUCAUGAAAAUUGUAACCAGUUCUAUAAGUGCUCCAAUGGCUUGCCCGUAAUACAAAGUUGCCCUGUAAAUCUGCUCUACAACCCUUACACAGAGCAAUGCGAUUGGCCUGAAAACGUACAGUGCGGUGACAGAGUGAUCCCAGAAGAUGGCGAUAAUGGUGAUGAUGGUAGUGGCGGAGAAGAAAGCGGAAGUGGUGGCUCUGAAGGCGGUGAUUCUGAGGGCGCUGAAGGCAACGGAGGCGGUGGAUCUGGAGGUAGUGGUAGCGACAAUAACAAUACUUGCAACUGCAAUCCCGGAGAAGCUCCCUCAAUUUGCGCCGUUGUAGGAUCAGAGGGAAUACUUGUUGCUCAUGAAAAUUGUAACCAGUUUUAUACAUGCUCCAAUGGCUUGCCUGUAGUACAAAGUUGCCCUGUAAACCUGCUCUACAACCCUUACACAGAGCAAUGCGAUUGGCCUGAAAACGUACAGUGCGGUGACAGAGUGAUUCCAGAAGAUAGCAAUGAUGGUGACAGUAACAGUAGCGGAGAAGAAAGCGGAGGUGGUGGCUCUGGAGGCAGUGAUUCUGAGGGCGCUGGAGGCAACGGUGAUGGUGGAUCUGGAGGCAGUGGUAGCGAUAAUAACAAUACUUGCAACUGUAAUCCCGGAGAAGCUCCCUCAAUCUGCGCCGUUGAAGGAUCAGAGGGAAUCCUUGUUGUUCAUGAAAAUUGUAACCAGUUCUAUAAGUGCUCCAAUGGCUUGCCCGUAAUACAAAGUUGCCCUGUAAAUCUGCUCUACAACCCUUACACAGAGCAAUGCGAUUGGCCUGAAAACGUACAGUGCGGUGACAGAGUGAUCCCAGAAGAUGGCGAUAAUGGUGAUAGUGGCAGUGGCGGAGAAGAAAACGGAGGUGAUGGCUCUGGAGGCGGUGAUUCCGAGGAUGGUGGAAGUAACGGGGAUAGCGGAUCUGGAGGCAGUGGUAGCGACAAUAACAAUACUUGCAACUGUAAUCCUGGAGAAGCUCCCUCAAUCUGCGCCGCUGAAGGAUCAGGAGGAAUCCUUGUUGCUCAUGAGAAUUGUAACCAGUUUUAUACAUGCUCCAAUGGCUUGCCCGUAGUACAAAGUUGCCCUAUAAACCUGCUCUACAACCCUUACACAGAGCAAUGCGAUUGGCCUGAAAACGUACAGUGCGGUGACAGAGUGAUUCCAGAAGAUAGCAAUGAUGGUGACAGUAACAGUAGCGGAGAAGAAAGCGGAGGUGGUGGCUCUGGAGGCAGCGAUUCUGAGGGCGCUGGAGGCAACGGUGAUGGUGGAUCUGGAGGCAGUGGUAGCGACAAUAACAAUACUUGCAACUGUAAUCCCGGAGAAGCUCCCUCAAUCUGCGCUGUUGAAGGAUCAGAGGGAGUCCUUGUUGCUCAUGAAAAUUGUAACCAGUUCUAUAAGUGCUCCAAUGGCUUGCCCGUAAUACAAAGUUGCCCUGUAAAUCUGCUCUACAACCCUUACACAGAGCAAUGCGAUUGGCCUGAAAACGUACAGUGCGGUGACAGAGUGAUCCCAGAAGAUGGCGAUAAUGGUGAUGAUGGUAGUGGCGGAGAAGAAAGCGGAAGUGGUGGCUCUGAAGGCGGUGAUUCUGAGGGCGCUGGAGGCAACGGAGACGGUGGAUCUGGAGGCAGUGGUAGCGACAAUAACAAUACUUGCAACUGCAAUCCCGGAGAAGCUCCCUCAAUUUGCGCCGUUGUAGGAUCAGAGGGAAUACUUGUUGCUCAUGAAAAUUGUAACCAGUUUUAUACAUGCUCCAAUGGCUUGCCUGUAGUACAAAGUUGCCCUGUAAAUCUGCUCUACAACCCUUACACAGAGCAAUGCGAUUGGCCUGAAAACGUACAGUGCGGUGACAGAGUGAUUCCAGAAGAUGGCAAUGAUGGUGACAGUAACAGUAGCGGAGAAGAAAGCGGAGGUGUUGGAUCUGGAGGCAGCGAUUCUGAGGGCGCUGGAGGCAACGGUGAUGGUGGCGACAAUAACAAUACUUGCAACUGUAAUCCCGGAGAAGCUCCCUCAAUCUGCGCCGUUGAAGGAUCAGAGGGAGUCCUUGUUGCUCAUGAAAAUUGUAACCAGUUCUAUAAGUGCUCCAAUGGCUUGCCCGUAAUACAAAGUUGCCCUGUAAAUCUGCUCUACAACCCUUACACAGAGCAAUGCGAUUGGCCUGAAAACGUACAGUGCGGUGACAGAGUGAUCCCAGAAGAUGGCGAUAAUGGUGAUAGUGGCAGUGGCGGAGAAGAAAACGGAGGUGAUGGCUCUGGAGGCGGUGAUUCUGAGGGCGCUGAAGGCAACGGAGACGGUGGAUCUGGAGGUAGUGGUAGCGACAAUAACAAUACUUGCAACUGCAAUCCCGGAGAAGCUCCCUCAAUCUGCGCCGUUGUAGGAUCAGAGGGAAUACUUGUUGCUCAUGAAAAUUGUAACCAGUUUUAUACAUGUAUCAAUGGCUUGCCUGUAGUACAAAGUUGCCCUGUAAAUCUGCUCUACAACCCUUACACAGAGCAAUGCGAUUGGCCCGAUAACGUACAGUGCGGCGACAGAGUGAUUCCAGAAGAUAGCGAUAAUGGUGAUGAUGGUAGUGGCGGAGAAGAAAGCGGCAGUGGUGGCUCUGGAGGCGGUGAUUCUGAGGGCGCUGGAGGCAACGGAGAUGGUGGAUCUGGAGGUAGUGGUAGCGACAAUAACAAUACUUGCAACUGCAAUCCCGGAGAAGCUUCCUCAAUUUGCGCCGUUGUAGGAUCAGAGGGAAUACUUGUUGCUCAUGAAAAUUGUAACCAGUUUUAUACAUGUAUCAAUGGCUUGCCUGUAGUACAAAGUUGCCCUGUAAAUCUGCUCUACAACCCUUACACAGAGCAAUGCGAUUGGCCCGAUAACGUACAGUGCGGUGACAGAGUGAUUCCAGAAGAUAGCGAUAAUGGUGAUGAUGGUAGUGGCGGAGAAGAUAGCGGAAGUGGUGGCUCUGGAGGCGGUGAUUCUGAGGGCGCUGGAGGCAACGGAGAUGGUGGAUCUGGAGGUAGUGGUAGCGACAAUAACAAUACUUGCAACUGCAAUCCCGGAGAAGCUCCCUCAAUUUGCGCCGUUGUAGGAUCAGAGGGAAUACUUGUUGCUCAUGAAAAUUGUAACCAGUUUUAUACAUGUAUCAAUGGCUUGCCUGUAGUACAAAGUUGCCCUGUAAAUCUGCUCUACAACCCUUACACAGAGCAAUGCGAUUGGCCCGAUAACGUACAGUGCGGCGACAGAGUGAUUCCAGAAGAUUGCGAUGAUGGUGAUAGUAACAGUGGCGGAGAAGAAAGUGUAGGUGGUGAUUCUGAGAGCGGUGGAGCCAACGGUGGUGGCGAAUCUGAAGGCAGUGGUAGCGAAAAUAACAAUACUUGCAACUGUAAUCCCGGAGAAGCUCCCUCAAUCUGCGCCGUUGAAGGAUCAGAGGGAAUCCUUGUUGCUCAUGAAAAUUGUAACCAGUUCUAUACAUGCUCCAAUGGCUUGCCCUUAGUACAAAGUUGCCCUGUAAAUCUGCUCUACAACCCUUAUACAGAGCAAUGCGAUUGGCCUGAUAACGUACAGUGCGGUGACAGAGUGAUUCCAGAAGAUAGCGAUGAUGGUGAUAGUAACAGUAGCGGAGAAGAAAGUGUGGGUGGUGAUUCUGAGAGCGGUGGAGGCAACGGUGACGGCAUAUCUGGAGGCGGUGGUAGCGACAAUAACAACACUUGCAAUUGUGAUCCAGGAGAAGCUCCCACAAUCUGUGCCGCUGAUGGAUCAGAAGGCAUCCUUGUUGCUCAUGAAAAUUGUAACCAGUUCUAUAUAUGUUCUAACGGUUUGCCCGUAGUACAAAGUUGUCCUGUAAAUCUGCUCUACAACCCUUACACUGAGCAAUGCGAUUGGCCGGCAAACGUACAAUGCGGUGACAGAGUAAUUCCUGAAGAUUGCGGUAAUGGAGACAGCGGCAGUGAUGGAGGAGAAAACGAAGGUGGUGAUAGCGGAUCUGAAAGCGGUGAUAGUGAUAAUAAUAACACUUGCAACUGCAAUCCCAGAAAAGCUCCUUCAAUUUGCGCCGUUGAAGGAUCAGAAGGUGUUCUUGUUGCUCAUGAAAAUUGUAACCAAUUCUAUACGUGCUCCAACGGCUUGCCAGUAGUACAAAAUUGUCCUGUAAAUCUGCUGUACAACCCUUAUACUGAGCGAUGCGAUUGGCCAGACAAAGUAGAUUGUGGUAAUCGUAUUAUAUCCGAUAACGAAAAAGAAAAUAAUGAUGCUGAAGACAUCAAACCUGAAUCUGGUAACAGUGAUCCUAGUAAAGCACCUGCUAUCUGUGCUACUGAAGGUUCCGAUGGAGUUCUAAUUGCUCACGAAAUUUGCAACCAAUUCUACAAAUGCUAUGAAGGUAUACCAGUCGUCUUUAAUUGCUCACCAAAUCUUUUAUACAAUCCUGUGCACGAAUGGUGCGAUUGGGCACAGAAUGUAGAUUGUGGUGAUAGAAUUCAAUAA